AUGACCGAUUACGAGCGCUGGCUCCUCGAGUCGAAUCCAGACCACCAACUCGCCCCGGAGCCUGACUACGGCCCGAAUGUUCAUCAUGACACCCAGAUGGACUCCUUAGAAUACAAACUCCCCUUCUCCGAGUCCCAGGUCUACUUCUCCCGAGAUGACUUUGUAAACCUAUUCCAUGCGCGUCCUCCAUUCUCCACCGCCUACAUCAUUCCCAUCUUCAUCGUCCUGGUCGCCAUUAUCUUCAAGACGCGACGGUCAAGGGAGCUGCAACCAGCUACUCAGAGAUUGAAGCCGAUAACGGGUUGA